AUGGUUCACAAAGUACUCUUCUGGAGUGGCUUCGGCAUUGCCGUCCGCCUCUGGCAACUCGGUAUCGAGAUGCGUCCGAUCCUCGCCAAGGAAUCCCUCUGGGUCUACCCUCUUUUCGCCGGUGUUGGUGGAAGCUUUGGCUACUGGCUCCAGGGUGUUGAGAGCAGACAAUUGAAGAUGCUUGCACAGCGCCGCGAGGCUAUUCUCGAGAAGCGUCGGCGGCGAGAUGAGAAGCCUGAGGGCGGUGUCCUGGCUGCUGCGUCAUAA